AACCUCGCGCCAUGCCAAGUGUUCACACGACUUCUAGACUAAAAUUUCGAAAACACAUUAUAUGACUUACCUCCCGAGGCCCGUCAGACAUCAUGGAUAUACGGCGUUUCACGAAGACGACAGUGACUGAGACGAGCAAGCUCCGUGAAUGAGCGAGCUACUGGGUGUCCGCACUUCUCCCUUGGGUCUUGGCACGUCGAGCGUUGAAGUGUUAGGGGUCCUUCCGUAUGAAGACAUCAUGGGGAGUGACGGGAAGGCCACACCGAGUGCAAUACUACAUCUUGGCGCGAGUGAACAUAUCAAGACAGUCCUGAUAGGACUCACUAAUCAAAAGCGGCGACAGAGGGUCGAAGGUUAAGGAUGCACACGGCGGGAAAGGUUUUGGUCAAUAUAUAUGCCAGGGCUCCGUCAGAGAAGGCCUUGUAAAUGAAUGCAUGGAGGCCAGGGCCGCCAACAGAUCGUCCAAACCGGGCUCGAAUGUUGAUCUUCAAGUCGCCGCAAGACUCAGUGGGCUUCCAUAUCCGUCGUGGGCAGUAAGUGCGACGACAGUGCUGCCAUCUUUGUCCCUCUCAUCGCUUCCGUUGUUUGGGCGCAAAGGACCCUAGUAGGCACUUGAACGUCUCGCAUUGAAAUCAUACGGCCGUUGGCUGAAUAAGCGAGAAACAUCUCUC